AUGCCAUCCUCCACCCCCGAUGCGCUUGAAUCCGAUCUUCUCACCAAACUCUCUGCAACAUCUGCUCUCGAAGACCUGCAGGAAUCCUUACUCGGCUCAUUACACCGCGUCGGCUGGACUGAGCGGGUCACCAGCCUCGCCACUGAACUGCUGCGCGCUGGCCGCUGCGAGACCUUUGACGAUGUAAUGGAAGCUGUGGUUGCCUCAGCAGAAGGAAGAAGUCAUCCAGCAUUGGGACCAAAACAUUCAGAGAAGAACGGGGACUCAACUACGAAUGGGACCAAAGAGGGGAAAGCCAAUGGGACAAAGAAAGGCAGCUCGGAUGGGGACAAAAGCUCAGAGGAGGGGUCAUUCGACUCUUUGAAGUAUAUUGAAGAAGUAGAUGUGCGAAUUCCGGAUUCUGUGGUGGAUGAGGGUGUUCGUGGAUUGAAAGACAUAUUGAGAGAUAUGGUGGACCUCGAGGAUGAGGCUCCGAACGGGGACAAGAAAUGA